UAUAUAUCAAGGUUUGACAACUGGUUUGGAUAUUACAUCUGAAUGGAAUAUCCUGGUGAGUUUGGAUUUAUUACAUUUUGUGGGAAACUACCAUGGGGAACAUUUGGAUAUUUUUUAAACACUUUCCUCCUAAGUAUGGGAUCUAACCUCGAUUUUUACUUGGAAUCGCUUGAAGCUGGAAGUAAAUUCCUAUUAUGAAGGAUGUACUUUUCUUUGAAGAAUCUAUUCAGGUAAUAUCACGUCAAGGAUCUUGCAUCUCAGGUUGUCAAUUUUUUCCCCCCUCUUGGCCACUGUCGAUGGAUGGACUACUUUUUCUGUUUUUUUUGUGUCUGUGGAUUUGGCCUGCUCUGGAUUUAAGUUUUGAACAACUGGAUGGAAGAAUUGUACCUUUGUUACACAUCUCCAGAAAGACAGAUGUAGUGUGUAUAUCCUAGGGUAUCUAAGUCAAAUUAAACUAUAUAUAAUAAACACCUCUUGUCCCAAAAUAUGGAAGCUAUACCAAGAAGACGGCAAGAACACAGAGGAUCCAAACAAGUUUGUGGAGCUAUUCGUGUUUUACAUCGAUGGCCAUGAAGACACAUGAAGACCACAUAGUUGGGAUGUACCCUCCUGGAUGUACGCACCCCAUGUUGGAUGUACUGAUGUUGACCCUAGUGCGGAUAGGUGUAGCUGCCAUUCAUUUGGAUUACUCGAGUUUGGAUUUAGCUGUGUAAGGCGUCAGCUCAGUGAGGAGAAGAGCAAUUCGAGUGUGUAACAGAGAACUGAAGACAACUUUUUCAAAGGAACUUGAAACAAUACUGUGAAAAGAUGAAGCCUCCGAGUAUAUACACCCCACGAGAUCCUUGGAUUGUGGAAUUAAGACAUACCUGUUAGCCCAUGAGGAGUUUAUUUGCUGUGAUCUAGUGUCUGUGAGUCUACAAGCUAGUAAACUGCGUGAUAUUUUGAGUGGAAUACGUUUUUCACCUGUGUUUUUUUUUUCUCCACCUAACCUAACUUUUGGAACUUACUACUUCCUCAUACUACAAGACAAGAUUGGAUGUAUUUUCCAUUCGACAACAACUCACUGUAUAGUCAAACUGGAAUUCCCUGAAUUACACAGAAGUCCAUCAUCCUUUUUUUUUUUUUUUUUUAAAAAAAAAAGAAACCCAGCAUAUUUAUUUAUUAACUUCUUAUUUUCCUUUUUUUUCAACCACAUGUCCAGAAAUCCAUAAAGAGGUCCAUUUCUGUGAUUUUGUUUUUCCCUUUUUUCCAUCCAGUGAAGAAAAUUAAGUAGCCAAACUGUGGAUUAUACAUCAACAAUCUACCGGCCUGGUGCUCCACAGUAUUUGAAGAUUACGAGCAGUACGAUCCAAGAGAACCGUUUUUGCCUAAUUAGAUCAAUUGAUUUUUCCACUUGGUUUUUCAUUCGGGCUCUCACAUUCUGAUCCACCUAGAUUUUAUUUGGAUUAGUUUCGGUAACUUCUUUUCCAAAAAGUAGCUCAGAAAGCCGUGAACGUGCUUAUGAUCACAGCCCAUAUGGACACCAUGAGCGGAGCGGCACCUUCGACAGACAGCGUCACUACAAUGCUGAUUAUUACAGAGAUCGUUCCAUGUUUGCUGCUGCUGGCCCAGGAAGCAGUGCUAUCGGUGGAAGCUUUGAAGCAUCAGAUCCACAUUUUGACUCUAGGAUUCGAGACCCUUUUACUCUCACUAAUUCUACGCGGCGUGACCUAUACAGAGAUGACAGAGGACGGCGGCCUGACAGAACCUACCAUCACCGCCGGAGCCGAUCAUCUCAUUCCUCACAGUCAAGGCACCCAUCCCCACAACGGACCACAGGACAAACUCCCAAAACUCCUCAUUCCCCUAAAAGAGCUCCUUUGUCCCCUGGGAGAGGUCCACGAUCUCGCUCACGCAGCAGGUCCUCAAGCUCUGAUUCUGUCAGCAGCACCAGCAGCACGGGCAGCGGCAGCGACUCAAACAGCAGCUCAAGUGAUGGCUCUCGGGCGCGCUCUGUUCAGUCGUCAGCUGCACAUGCCCCUACCUCCUCUAUGGGGCUUGACUCAGAUGAGCCACGCAGAAGCUUUGGAAUUAAAGUGCAAAACCUACCUGUGCGCUCCACAGACACUAGUUUAAAAGAUGGACUUUUCCAUGAAUUCAAGAAACAUGGGAAAGUGACUUCAGUGCAGAUCCAUGGAACAUCAGAAGACCGAUAUGGUUUGGUGUUCUUCAGACAGCAGGAGGAUCAAGAGAAAGCCCUUACUGUCUCCAAAGGAAAACUGUUCUUCGGCAUGCUUAUUGAAGUCACUGCUUGGAAUGGUCCUGAAACAGAAAGUGAAAAUGAGUUCAGGCCCUUGGAUGGGCGGAUAGACGAGUUCCACCCAAAGGCCACAAGGACACUGUUUAUAGGCAACCUUGAGAAGACCACCAGUUAUCAACAACUCCUUGAUAUUUUUCAGCGCUUUGGAGAAAUUGUGGACAUUGACAUCAAGAAAGUAAAUGGAGUUCCCCAGUAUGCCUUUGUGCAGUAUUCUGAUAUUGCCAGUGUCUGCAAGGCCAUUAAAAAGAUGGAUGGAGAGUAUCUGGGCAGCAACAGACUAAAGCUUGGGUUUGGGAAGAGUAUGCCCACAACAUGUGUUUGGCUAGAUGGUUUGGCAACCAGUAUUACAGAGCAAUACCUCACACGGCAUUUUUGCCGGUAUGGACAUGUAGUUAAGGUUGUAUUUGAUAGAUUGAAAGGGAUGGCCCUCGUCUUGUACAACAACACAGAUUUUGCUCAGGCAGCUGUGAGGGAGACCAAAGGUUGGAAGAUUGGUGGCAAUAAAAUAAAGGUGGAUUUUGCAAGUCAAGAGAGUCAGAUGGCAUUCUACCGAUCCAUGCAGGCAUCUGGUCAAGACAUUAGAGACUUCUAUGAGAUUCCUCCUGAACGACGAGAGGAACGCAGACCUCCAUAUCAUGAAUUUACAGCAGAAAGGGCUUACUAUGAGAAUAUACGAACUCCUGGCCUUUACCCAGAGGAGGCUAGAAGAGACUAUGCAGCUCGCAGCAGAGACCGUUUUCCUGAAUUGGAACACUAUCAGGCAGAUCACUUUGACCCACGUUAUCAUGAAGAUCCAAGAGACUACAGGGAUUACCGAGACCCUUUUGAGCAAGACAUUCGAAAAUACACGUAUAUUCAAAGAGAGCGAGAAAGAGAGCGAGAACGCUUUGAGGCUGACCGCAGCAGGUGGAGCCCUUCCCAUCCAAGACGACCAGUCACUCCUGCUGUAUCGCCUUCACCAUCUGAGCGUGCCCCCAGGGACUCAGAACGACGGGUUUACAGCCAGUCCUCUGAGCGAAGUGGUAGUGUUAGCUCAAUGUCACCACCACACUUUGACAAAUCUGAGAAGACCCUGCUGGAACAUGCCUCCAAGAGUGACAAGAGUGACAAGAGCAGCCAACCAGAUCGUGUGGCAGGUGCUGAGAAGACCAAGCGUGCAAAACGAAAAGAAAAAGGUGAUAAAGAAAAAGCUGAGAAGAUUAAAUCAAGGAAAGCAAAGGGGCAAUCUCCAUCCAACCCAAUACCUGACACAGAGCUUGAGAAUGCUUUUGAUGGAGGGUCUGGAAGAGGAAGAGGAUCAGACCAAGAUGCUAAUGAUAGGCAGAAAUGCAAAGGGGAUGGUGAAUCUCUUACUGGAAAUCAGUUGUCCUCUGCUCAUCAUGACUCUGUCAAAAGUGAAAGAUCUGAAAUGAGUAAAAGCGAGACCUCUGACUUGGAUGGAAAAAAUCGACUAAAGAAGCAUCUAAAGCCUGAUAUUGGAAAUGAUGGGAAAGAUUCAUCAGUGGAUUCAGAUCGCCUUGCUGCAAGAAAAAGGCGCUUUGCUGAUUCUGGUGGAAGGACUAUUCGUCAGAAAAGAGGCAGACAUGAAGAGGAGGAUGCUAUUCCAGCAGCUGACUUUGGUGCUAGUGCCACAUAUUUGAAAGAGUUGAACACAGACAAACACAAAGAUUCUCAGCGCAGAGAUUCAAGACUCAAAACGGAUAAAAGUGGCACUCAGAAGGAUAGUCAGGAGGACCUUAGAGGACAAAGAGAGAAGUCAGAGGGAUCUUUGGACCCCCUGGAAUCAAAACGACAUCCAGGGCACACUUCGUCCAGAAGAUUUUCACAUGAGGGGAUUACAGACCAAAGCAGUGUGAGAGAACAAGAACACCAUGCUGCUUUCAAAUUUGGUACUCAGACUGCUGACACUGAGAAAAGUGUUAAGAACAAGGAAGACCAUGUUGACAUUGACCUUUCUCAGAGUUACCGCAAGCAAAUGGAGCAGAAUAGACGGUUGCACCAGCUGCAACAACAGCGUGAGUCUGACAAAUCUGACAAACCAGGAAGUCCACAGGGAAGUGAAACAGAGGACUUGGAACAUCGCAGUCUUGUACAUGAAGUUGGUAAACCACCUGAAGAUGUCACUGAUAAUUUCCCGUCUCACAAACUAAAGAAACAAGACCAAUUUGAAAUGGACUCGGGGAUUAAGAGGGAGCGUGUCUACAGAAGCUUUAGACAAAAAAGUGAAGAUCCUGACUGGAACAACAUCUCCUCUCCAGGACAUCAGCAUUUCUCUCAACAUGGAGAUGAGGAAUUUGUGGAUCCUUCUCAGAAAGAGUUAGGUAGAAAUGAGGAAAAAAUUCACUCAGAUCUAGAGCUAUUAGUCAAAAGGACACAUAGCACACAGGUAAACAAGCCAAACGCGUCUUUACUUAGUGUCGAAGAAGAGCAACAAAAGAGAUGGGAGAACAGAGUUAAACAAGACUUGUUGCCUGACCUGAACUUUUCUAGAAGUCUAAGUAAAAACAUUCACAAUCGCAAGCGUUUAGAAUAUGGUAUUUGGCAUGACUUGGAGCCUGGGGAAGUACGGUCUGACUCUGAGGAGGACAGAGAGAACAAACCCCAUUCUCCUGUGCCCUCCACAUCUAUGCCUUUUUCCGAGAGGCCAAGGGUUGACAGGUUUUCAGACCCUAAACUAGCCCAUCUUGAAAGGAACAAAUUCUACUCCUUUGCACUUGAUCAAACCAUAACACCUGAUACAAAGGCUCUGCUAGAACGUGCAAAAUCACUCUCAUCUUCCAGAGAAGAUAACUGGUCAUUUCUGGAUUAUGAUUCUCACUUUGCAAGUUUCCGCAACAGAAAGGAUACUGAGAAGGUCGAAUCAGCACCAAGACCUACACCCUCCUGGUACAUGAAAAAGAAAAAGAGUCGAAAUGGAUCUGAAGACAAACUAGAUGACAGGAAGGAGGAACCUAAGCCGGAGGAACAAGAACACAGGGAACUAUUUGCUUCUCGCUUCCUGCAUAGCCCCGUCUUUGAGCUUGACUCAAGACGGCUGCAACACUUGGAGCGCAAACAUGAAGAACCUGAGCAUACACUAAACCAACAACCUGGUCAACAAGGCACAGCGGAUGGUGAACUUGACUCAGGGCCAGUUGUCCUUUUCCAUAGUCGUUUUUUGGAACUGACACGACUGCAACAACAGAAGAAUAAAACUCAUCAGUUGCAAGAGCCAAAAGUAGACACUAUGACCACGGAUGAUAAUAAAGUGGAAAAAGCACCUGUGCAAGAGCAGCAAGCUUUGCAGUCACCUGAAACCGAAUCUGUUAUAGAGCCAGAAAUUAAACCUAUCAGUCCUGCUGAAGAGCCAAUUACUGAACCGAGACUCACCUAUACUUCUGUCACCAAGUCUGUGGAUAAGGACCUUUCUCCACCAGAAGAGAAAUGUUUUGCGUCAAAUCCAGCCCCUGAUCCAUAUACCCCUGUGUCUGUCAUUAAGGAUGAGGUAAAUGAAGAGGUAAAAGAAAAUGAACCUGUUGUACCCAUGCACCACCCAAUAACUGAGGCGCCAUCUGAUUUUGAGCCAACAGCACCCGAGCCCAGUUAUUCAGUUGAUAGAUGUAAACUUUCUCCAUCUGAAGGGAAUUUGGAUAUUGUUACUGAGGAGGCAAAACAGCUCUGUACAGAAAAACCUUGCCGUCGUGACUCUCAUGAGGAGUUUGUUAGCAUUUCAGAAGCAGAGGUGGAUCCUGAGACAACACAACCAGAAGUGCCUGAAGCCACUAGUCCCAUACUGCCUACGCUUGCAGAGGAAGAAAAAGAGAAAGAGACCCAUUUUGCUUGUAAGGCAGCUGCAGAACCUGAGGAAGAGAAGAAACCUCAAGUUAAUAAAGUGCAGAUAGCCACUGAUAAUGACACAAACGAUGAGCCAAUCUCACCUCAGAAAGAGCCUAAAACAAAAGAAAUGAAAAAUAAAAAGGGCAAACAAUCCCCAGCUCAAGUUGCUCCAGCUCCUGUCAUGUCUACCUCUGGUUCUGAGAAACAAGCGACGCGCAAAAGUGAGCGCAUUGACAAAGAGAAGCUUAAACGCGGAUCAUCCCCAAGAGCUGAAUCAAAGUCCACAGGCAAAUCUCCUAUUCAUGGAACAGAGCCUGAUAUGUCAGAGCCAGGCAUAUCAGCAGGCAGAGCAAGACGAAGAAAUGUUAAAUCUGUGUAUGCCACCCCAGUUGAAGAUGAAGUGCCAGUUCGUUCUGGAAAGGAAAUUACUGAGUCACCACGUUCUGCACGAAAGCGAGGUACUGACAAAGAUACAACACAACAACAAAAUAUUGAACAGGACCAACCUGCUCCAACCCCUGUUACUAAAAGGGGCCGUCCCCCCAAGAAUCGCAGACAAGGUGAUGAGAGUUCAACAGUUAAAGUGGAAAAGUCAAAAACAGAAAAUAAGGACAUAGAUUCAAAUGAAUCAGAGGGUGGGGAACGAAUUCAAAAAGUGUCAAAAGGGAAAACAUCCCCUCAUGGCGCAAAGGGUUCAUUGAAUCCAAUGUCUACAGUCCUAGGAUCUGGAUCAACAAAGAAGGGGGAAAAAACUGAGUUGGGCGAGGAUGAUGAUCAAGAAAUGGAUUUCACAGAUGAAGAUUCAUUGGCUUUACAAGUUUCAUCAAGUUCAUGCAAAGAAGAUCCAUCAAAAGUUGAACAAAAGAAAGAAGAGAAAGACAAACAAGGAAGAGAUACAGGCAAAGAUAAAGAUGUUCUCCAUGAAAAACCUUGUGAGGGUAAAUCAACUGGUAAAGAGACAGAUUCUCCAGUCUUAGAAGAGAAACCUACCUUGGAGAAAGACAGAAUUGUGAGAGGAAAAACCAAGUUGACAAGGACUCCUAAGUCUCCUGUUCUCAAGAACCUCAAAAUUAGACUUAAUGUGACGGAGGUAAAAGAUCUUCUUCAGUUAGGGGAUGAUGAACUUGGGAAUCAAGAGGAUUCUUCUAAAAAGUUAAGAUCUGGUGACCACAGUGAUCAUGUUUCAAAGUGUACUAAUGCUGACAAAGAAGGCUCAAACAACGAUGAAAAGGAAAAUGCCACAUUGGAAAAAAAUGAGCUCCAGGAAACACCAAAAAGCUUAAUUUCCAAGGAGGUAGAAUUGGAGCAGGCUGUGAAGAACAUUGCUAAACUUACAGAUCCAGCUUUUCCAACAGAACCACAGACACCACCUGUACCACAUACAGAAGUAAAAAGUGACCUAGAGGAGGAAAAACCCUCUAAUCCUGCUAGCGAAACAGAGCUCAUGGCUGCUAUUUACUCAAUAACUCCCGAGGAUGGAACUACAUCCUUAAACCAAGCACCUCCACCAAGUGCAGAUGUUGGUUCCGAAUCUGAGAUACAAGACUUGAUUCCGCCUGCCAAGGAUGAUGAACCUGAAGCAAAUACACCUGCUAUACAGGAGGAAACUGUCUUCCCUACCACACCCAAAAAGGGUACCAAGGGAAGACCUAAAUCAAGUAAACGUCCUAAAGUCCAAAAGCAAAUAAGAAAAGAUUUAAAGGACAGUCCUUUAAUAAGUGAGGAAUUAACAACUCCUUUAUCAGAUUGUCCACCUUCCAGUAUAAAUACUGUUCCUGCAACAACUCCAUCAGCAGCAACUGCUGCAGUUAUUACUCCUACUACUUGGAAACAAGAACCUGGCCCUUUAGCUGUAAAGGCCACAGAUGGAAUUGCAGAGUCAGAGUCAUCUUCUGAAGAACAGACUCAACAUCUUAAACCUGUUACCCCACUGUCUAAGAGUCCAACAUGCCCAAAGCCUCAACAGGUGCCACCUGAGUGCCCCUCUCCUUCCCUGUCUCCACUAGCUAACAGGCCAAAUAUCAGACCCAUUCAAACAAGUAGAAUUCCUGUCUCUCCACCAGAUUGGCGCCACCAGUCCAAAGAUACAGGAGUCUCCUCUUCGCCUGUCAUGCCGUUGGCAUCCAAGGAAAACCAACCUCUAUCCUCAGACUCUGACAAUGUUGAUAUUCAUCAUGGCACGAGUGACUUGAGGCAGAUUCUUAUGAAACACAAAAAUAUUUCAUUGCAAGGCAGUAGUUCCAUUCCUACUAACCAACCUACCUUGCGAGAUCAGAACCUCCCCGAAAGUAAUACUCUGUCAGCUGUUGUGCCAAAUAAGUCACCACUACCCGGUAGUGGAAUGGCAGCUCAUCCAGCUCCACCUAUGGUUCGACCCCCAGCCUCACUACCCUCUCCGGAGACAAAGUCUGUGAUCUCUGUUAUUGCAUCCACUGCAACCUCUGUUAUCAGUCGUGUUUGCAACCCUCCUGAACCUGAGGACAAAGUAAACAUGAAUAUUGGAAAUCCAUGUUUGGACAUGACUCUACCAAAGCCACCCUAUAGGCCCAGCAAAGACGAUACUGGAUCAUACCAUGGGCCAUCUGUUGGUGAAGAGGGGGGAAGUGGUGCACGCUUCAUUGUUGAGAGCCCCACUCUUGGUACAGGAUCUUGCUCGGGUCUAAGAGUUAAUACAUCUGAAGGAGUGGUAGUGCUGAGCCACUCAGGCCAGAAAACAGAGGGACCCCAGAGGAUUAGCGCAAAAAUAAGCCAAAUCCCACAAGCAACUGCAGGUGACAUGGAGUCUCAGCCGCUGGUAUCCAUGCCCCAGAUAAAACAGGAAAUGUAUGGUCAUUCUCAUUUAGGAGUUCAAAAGGGACCCCCGUUGCAGACAGAUCAUGGGCAUCCUGGUAAGACGUCGUCAACUUUGUCUUCAAUUAAACAGGAAAGCACAAGUUUGGAAAAGAUGGACUCUCCUUACCAACCUGGGACUCAAGUAGUAGUGAAGCGUCUCACACAGAGUAACCAGCAAGCUAUGAGUUACCAUCAAGAGUACAUGCCAAUAAAACAUCAAAAGAAAAUGGACAGUGCUGAUCCUCACAGUACAGAUGGAGCUAAACCGCCCUGGACCUCUGCUGUAAGUCCUGCAAUAAGCCCCCAUUUGCCCUCUCCACCUGGCAACCAUGUAGGUUUUGUUGCAGCGGCUGGUGACAGAGCUCCCUCCCAUAUUAGUGGGGUGAAACAGGAACCGCGGUCCCCUCGCAAAUCAGGUCAUCCACACUCUCCGUUUACUAAAGUGUCCUCACCCAUAGGCUCCUCGUCACCCAAGGGAAUACCAGUGAUGUUAUCUACUGGCCUUCCUGCCAUGCAGCAGUUUAUUACUGGUGUACAUCAUCCAGAGCAGUCGGUUAUCAUGCCUCCUCACAGUGUACCUGGAGGCUUGGGGCGGAUGUCUCCUCACCGUGUUACCCAGUCAAUUCCAGUGGGGCAUCUUGUCCAAGGAGAUGUUCGGGUCAAUACGCCACCUCUCUCUGUGAUGAGCUAUGGGAUGCACAGUGAGCCUCUUUCCACUCCCUGGUCUGGUCCAAUGCAGCCACGGCCCACUUCACCCCAGGCUGUUGGCAGAGACAAGGUUCUCAAGGUAAAUCCAGGUUCUUUGAGGAGUCAUGAAGUGGAACAGGAAGAAGCCAGACGCUUCCACCAGAAUCCAGGAAGACAGUCUGCACAGUUAAAACCAGAGACUAUGCAGUCAGAUCCUCGUGGGCCUUUGCGGGGUAGUGUCCAGUUGGAAACAUACAUGGCGCAAAGAGAUAUGCGUGUCCUCUUGCACCAACAGGGAGAGCGUUUGAGCACAGACCCUCAUUCUGGACACAUUCAAGAGACUCUUCCCCCCUCUUCAGCACCUUCCAGCCUACCCUUAUCCUUGUCUCCAAGAGCACACGUUUUGCCUAAAGGUGUGUCCGAGAAGGAUAUAACAAAGCCAUUAGAGGCAAAGAGGCCACACUCUCCUCUUCCAAAAGAUGGGAUGAUGGGAAUCAGACAAUCUGGGCAAGCAAUGGCAUCCCCACAGAGAGUUCAGUUAAUGCCACCUGGACCCAGUGGCUCAUUCCCAGAAUACUCGGGGAUUUACUCAAACCCAAGAGGCAUCCAUUCUCAAAUACCAGAGACGUCACCUCUUGGACUGAACCAGCCACCACUGAACGUUACACCAACUGUGGGUGCAGACCUCCAGACAAAACCGGAUGGUAAGAUGACGCAGCCUGUUAAUAUGGUGCAGUUGCUCACGAAAUACCCUAUUGUGUGGCAAGGCCUGCUGGCACUAAAGAAUGACACAGCUGCAGUCCAGUUGCAUUUUGUAUGUGGCAACAAAGCUUUGGCUCAUCGAUCCCUACCGCUGCAAGAAGGGGGCGCAUUGCUCAGGAUUGUCCAGAGAAUGAGACUAGAGGCUUCACAACUGGAGAGUGUAGCCCGAAGAAUGACAGGUGACAGUGACUUCUGUCUUCUCCUUGCUCUGCCAUGUGGACGAGAUCAAGACGAUGUCCUAAACCAAACUCAAGCUCUUAAGGCUGCUUUCAUCAACUACUUGCAGACAAAGUUGGCUGCUGGUAUCAUCAAUAUCCCCAACCCAGGUUCCAAUCAGCCUGCCUAUGUGCUACAGAUUUUCCCACCAUGCGAAUUUUCGGAGAGCCACUUAUCCCAGCUCGCCCCCGACCUCCUCAACAGAAUCUCCAGCAUCUCACCACACCUCAUGAUUGUCAUCACCUCUGUGUAACCUUCAAUGAGGCAAACCCUAUCGUUGAUGGAUAUUUUUGCUUAUGAGCCUCAGGAAACCAGAGGAAUAUGAGAUUUUUUUUUUUUUUUGUGGACACAGUGGGAAUGUGUGGGAUAUACCCCACCAACGCUUUUUUUUUUUGCGUCUUUUUCUUUCUUUUGUCACUCCUGUCUGGUGUUUUUGUCCUUCUCAAAAGAACUCAGGGAUGGACCAAACCAGAAUCAGUCUUAUUUGACCAUUUCUCUGCUGUAUUUCUAUUUAUUGGAGUUUUAUUUUUAAUGUUCGGAGAUGCUCUGAAGAAAAAAUCAGGAUGUUUGAUGAUCACCAACGAGUGACUAUCUGGGUGGCCUUUUUUUCUUUUAUCUCUCUUUUAUUGAUUGUCAUAUUCGUUUCUUCGCAAGAGUGGAUCAUACAGGCUGUUGCAUCACAAUGGCUAAAAAGACAUUUCAACAUGUAAUUUUAAUUAAUUAUGUACAGACUUCCUCGCCCAGGCUUUCUUUAGAGGAGGAAGAAUUAACUUGUAAAACUAUGGAGACCCUGUAGAGGACCACGUUCAUUUAACAGCUCCUUUAAUUCCACCAGCUCUGCUCAUUUUCUCACUACUGAAGCAGUUACACUUCGGGCACCUGCCUUUACAUUGAACAAGCUACAGUGUGAUUUGGGAGUUUUUGAAUACAGGACUUUGUAAAUAUUUUAAAUAUUUAAACUUUGACAAUGGAACUUGGACAACAUGACAGAGACUUGAACUCUGGGGAAAAAACAGGACAGAGUGUGGAAACUUAGAUGGAUAUCCUUGAUUUUUGGGUGUAAAUACUUGUAACACAAGAAGAUUGGCAAACUCUCCUGUGGAGUCUGCUGAUGGCACUUCAUAUUUUGUAACUCAAAUAAAACAAACUCCAAAACUUGAA